GCGGAAAUAUAUAGCCUCCUUCAAGAAGCAUUAAAACCUGCAAGAACUAACUGAAUAAGAGAUCAUAUGGAGAGAGAUCCACUCAUUGUCCAAGAACAAUCCCCUCUUCAUUCAUCUCUACUCACAUAUUUGUAUGUUGGCCAUUUCUUAGCGAGAUGGGGUGCCAGAAUGUGGGAAUUCUCUGUUGGUUUGUACAUGAUCAGUAUUUGGCCAGACUCUUUACUCUUUGCCGCUAUUUAUGGUGCUGUUGAAUCUGCCUCCACUGCAUUGUUUGGUCCCAUCAUUGGCCAGUGGGUUGAGCGGUUGACAUAUGUAAAGGUUCUCAGAAUUUGGUUGGUGUCCCAGAAUCUCUCCUUUAUCAUUGCAGGAGUUUCAGUGAUUGCAUUACUGAUUUCCUCAACGUUGAAGUCCACAAAUUUCACAGCAUUUAUCUUACUGUUGUUACUAACUAACAUCUCAGGAGCUGUUGGUGUGAUUUCUACUCUUGCCGGUACCAUCCUAAUCGAAAGAGAAUGGGUGGUGGUGAUAUCAGAAGGCCAUCCUCCAGAAGUUCUGACAAAGAUUAACUCGAUUAUCAGACGGAUUGAUUUAAUCUGCAAGUUACUAGCUCCUGUUAUAAGCGGCUUCAUUAUCAGUUUUGUAUCUCUAAAGGCAUCUGCCAUGGCUUUGGCCUUGUGGACUAGUAUAACUGUUUGGCUGGAAUAUUGGCUUUUUAUGUCUGUUUAUAAUGGAAUUCCAGCUUUAAGAGAAAGAAGCCAAAGUAAGAUGACAACUAGAAGUUUGCCAAUUGAUCCAGAAGAGAGCACAUCCAUGUCUCAGGAAACAGAAAACUUGCUUUCUCAUGGUGGAAGUAAUGGAGCAAUAGCAGAAAGAAGCUUGAGAAAGACAAUAACUGAUUGGCUUUCAAAUGCCCCUUUCAUAGGGGCAUGGAGAGUCUAUAUGCAGCAAGCUGUUGUACUCCCUGGUUUUGCUCUAGCUUUGCUAUUUUUCACAGUCCUCAGCUUUGGAACACUGAUGACAGCUACAUUAGAGUGGGAAGGUAUACCGGCAUAUGCUAUUGGAAUAGCACGUGGAAUAAGUGCGGCAAUUGGAAUAGGUGCAACUGUGGUGUACCCAAUUCUACAAUCCCGUAUUUUAACACUCAGAACAGGGCUUUGGUCGAUUUGGUCUCAGUGGACAUGCCUUUUAUUAUGCGUUGCUUCAAUAUGGGUCCAAAAUGGCCUUUCAGCAGCAUAUAUGCUAAUGGGUGGAGUGGCAAUAUCCCGGCUUGGGUUAUGGAUGUUUGAUUUAUCUGUCAUUCAGCAAAUGCAGGACCUUGUUCCUGAGUCAGAACGUUGUAUCGUUGGAGGAGUCCAGAACUCCCUUCAGUCUAGUAUGGAUUUGAUGGCUUAUAUUAUGGGAAUUAUUAUCUCCAGUCCACAGGAUUUCUGGAAGUUGAUUUUAAUGUCUUUUAUGACAGUAACAUUGGCUGCAUUCCUCUACACUUUCCAUCUAUACCGCAUCAGAAAGCACCUCUUUCAUUUUCAAAAGUUAGAAUCAGCUCAGUUGUUUAUCAGAUCAUGCUUUGAUGCAAGUCAGAAUUCACGCUGUUAAAUCUUAUCCAUGUCUCUUAGUAGGCAGGUUCAUUUGCGGAAUGAUAUUCAAGAAAAGGAAAUUUUUUUAAUACAAAAGAACUACUGUGUUAACGGUACGAAUCAAUCUAAUUAUGUUAUUGAUGUAUUCUCCCAUCUAUCAUAACAAUUAACCACAUAGUCGCCACCUCCUUAAAAGUCGAUUUUAAGGGUGAGUUUUACCCUUUGUGAUUGUUACAGAAAUAAAUACUUCUUAAAAUCAGAACAAAAUUUGGAAAAAUUGAUCUGUUUGUAUUCUUUUUUAGUCUUUUUCAUUCAGUGGAACUGCCUUUUGGUAUGUAUUGCUUAAAUAUGGGUCCAAAAUAGGCUUUUAGCAGGAUAUAUGCUGAUGGGUGGAGUGGCAAAAUCUCAGGCUUGGUUAUGAAUGUUUGACUUAUAUAUCACUCAACGAACACAGGUAAAGCUCCCAGGUUUUUGUGGUACUAAAUGUUGUAAUGACAAAAAAGAAAAAAUAUUCUUUAAGUUUAUUCUUUUUGGUGGUGUGGGAACUUAUUCCUGCAUUUGUCCAAUGAAAUAAUAUGAUUUGCUUAUCUUUUACUAUUAUCUCCAAAAUAUCAGAACUCCCUUCAAUCUUCUUUGGAUUUGAUGGCUACUAUCAUGGGAAAUUGGGAAUUAUAAUCUCAAAUCCACAUGUUAAUUAACAUAUCGGAAUUUACUGUUUGUUCAGAAAGGGUGAUAGAGAAAGAGCAGUUCACCAUUUCUUAAACCAUAAAGGGUGUUCUUUUGAUGUUUGCUAAGUUUACACAUUAUUUUUGAGCAUUUCUGGAAGUUUGACUUUGAUAUCUUUUCUGGCUAAAACAUUGGCUGCAUUGCUCUACAGUUUUCCAAGUGUAUUACAUCAGG